AUGCUACAAAAGCUAUUUACAGAUGGCUUCUUUCAGAUUAUGUCAAAGUUAGGCCAUGUUCUAGGAGCAGCCAUGUUUAUGAUUGAAAUAGCUGGUGUAAAGCUUUUAUAUACAGGUGAUUUCUCAAGACAGGAAGACAGACACCUCAUGGCAGCUGAGAUUCCUACCAUUAAACCUGAUAUUCUUAUAAUUGAAUCCACCUAUGGUACCCAUAUUCAUGAAAAACGUGAAGAACGAGAGGCAAGAUUCUGUAACACCGUCCAUGAUAUUGUAAAUAGGGGUGGUAGAGGUCUUAUUCCCGUCUUUGCCUUGGGUCGAGCUCAAGAACUCCUUUUGAUCUUAGAUGAAUACUGGCAAAAUCACCCUGAACUCCAUGACAUACCCAUAUAUUAUGCCUCCUCGUUGGCAAAGAAAUGCAUGGCAGUGUAUCAGACGUACGUAAAUGCCAUGAAUGACAAAAUUCGUAAGCAGAUCAACAUCAACAAUCCAUUUGUUUUCAAGCACAUUAGUAAUCUGAAGAGUAUGGACCACUUUGAUGACAUUGGUCCAAGUGUUGUCAUGGCUUCCCCAGGUAUGAUGCAGAGUGGCUUAUCCAGAGAGUUGUUUGAGAGCUGGUGUACUGAUAAGAGAAAUGGAGUAAUUAUUGCAGGUUACUGUGUGGAAGGAACACUCGCUAAGCACAUCAUGUCUGAACCCGAAGAGAUCACAACUAUGUCAGGGCAGAAGCUCCCACUGAAGAUGUCUGUAGACUACAUUUCUUUCUCUGCUCACACAGAUUAUCAACAAACCAGCGAAUUCAUUCGAGCACUAAAACCUCCACAUGUGAUUUUAGUACACGGUGAGCAGAACGAAAUGGCCAGAUUAAAAGCAGCAUUGAUACGAGAGUAUGAAGAUAAUGAUGAAGUUCACAUAGAAGUUCACAAUCCUAGGAACACUGAGGCUGUGACAUUAAACUUCAGAGGAGAAAAACUUGCCAAGGUAAUGGGGUCUUUGGCAGAUAAGAAACCAGAGCAAGGACAGCGAAUUUCAGGGAUCCUAGUUAAAAGAAACUUCAAUUAUCACAUCCUUUCACCUUGUGACCUCUCCAAUUACACUGAUUUGGCAAUGAGCACCGUCACACAAACACAAGCCAUUCCAUAUACUGGCCCUUUCAGUCUGCUUUAUUACCAGCUGCAGAAACUCACAGGUGAUGUGGAAGAAAUAGAAGUCCAGCAAAAGCCAGCCUUGAAAGUUUUCAAAAAUAUUACUGUGAUCCAGGAGCCUGGCAUGGUGGUACUUGAGUGGGUGGCAAAUCCUGCUAAUGAUAUGUAUGCAGACACUGUGACAACAGUGAUCCUGGAAGUUCAGUCCAAUCCCAAAAUACAGAAAGCUGCUGUACAUAAAAUUUCUAAACAGGUAGAUAUAGAUGUGUAUAGCAAGAGAUUGGAGAUUAUGCUUCAGGACAUGUUUGGAGAGGACUGUGUAAGUGGAAAAGAAGGCUCCAUUCUAAGUGUCGCUGUAGAUGGAAAGACUGCAAAUAUUUCAUUGGAAACUCGGACGGUUGAAUGUGAGCCAGGAUGUGAAGAUGAUGAAGCCCUUCGGGAAAUGGUGGAGUUGGCUGCACAAAGACUCUAUGAUGCGCUUAGCCCAGUGCACUGAACUCAGUGGCUGAUAAAUAUCUGGGACUCGUAAGACUGAUUGUUUUUAUACUUAUUUUGAAUAUUAUUUUGAAUAAAUAAAACAUGUCUUUAGCUAA